AUGACCGCUUACCACUCGGUAACCAACGGGAUGGCCGAGCGUUUUCACCGACAACUGAAAAGUGCUCUGGCAGCACAAACGAAUCCAGAGUGGAAGGAGUCUUUACACUUAGUCCUCUUAGGUUGCAGAUCAGCUUUGAAAGCUGAUCUGCAGUCCACACCGGUUAAGUUGACUUUCGGUCGAACAUUGCGUCUCCCAGGAGAAAUGGUGACACCGAUUCCACCAACCGACUUCAACUACAGUGACUAUGCAGCUCGUUUAGUACAUCGCAUGAAACAGUUGCAUAUUCACCCACCUCGCUAA